AUGCAGCGCCCGCCGGAAUCCAACCCUUUCACCACAGCCGGACUCAUAGCAUUGCCGCCCCUCAACACACAGCCAGCAGAUGAGUGGGAUGGCUUCACCUUCACGGAAAAUCUCGAGAGUGGCACGUUCUACCUACCAGAUACCAAGAGCGAGGCACUGCCGCUGCUACAGCCAGAGACAUUCAAGCUCUCAGCGGUAGACGCAGAACUCGAGUCACUCGACCCACCCUCCUCGUCUUCCUCCGCGUAUGACACUGCCGAAGAUGUCAGUCCAGCAGCGGGAGCCGAUCCUGCGCCGGAAAGCGACAAUGAAGACAUAUGGAUCCUACCAGACGUCAAGAAUGCCCCACGAACGCUCAAGCUGACCAGCUGGGACCACUUCCACAACGAGAGCUAUCGCGAGCCCGCCUACCAUUACAUCUCCGAAGCGGGCCCACAAGUCCUCGACGCAAUCCUAGCAAGCGAGGGACAAGACGAACAGUACAAGACCGCGCCCCCAGACGCAUACCUCGACGCUCUGUUCGAGCUAGCACUUGGUAGAUCGUCGCAGUAUGUGAGAUGGGAUGAGAAGCACCAGGAGUUUGUGCCUACGGUGCAAAGACUUACAAUCUCGGGGUAUAGUCCAGAGCUGAUUGAGGACUUGAGGUACUCGCUAGAUGUCACGGGUCGUACGAUGCGUAUUGCGAGUUCGUUGGACGUUCACGAUGGGCGGACUACACCCGGGCAGAUCGCUUUCUACAGUGCUGCCAGGGCGAUUCUGGCGGCUGUGCAGGGGUAUUUGCAGCAGGAGAGAGCAGAUGUCAGAACGCCUGUCCAGCUAGCAGAGCUUAUCGAAGGUCCACACCGCUUUGUGGUAUGUGUUGGGACGCUGUUGAACACGGUCGCGUGCAGUGGCGACGAUGCAGCAAUCCUACGGGAUGUGCUCCAAUCUGUGCCGUCCAUGGUCUCGCUGCUGCCGCGGUACCGAGGACUGUUUACUAUCCUGCUCUCUGCGAUAGCUGGUUCCGUGUUAGCAAGGCUCCGAUCAGAUCUGGAGACUCCUCCUACGAUUGAUGCUGAAGAAGUCCAUGAGAACCUGGCUGUCUCGAAGCUGCUGUCUGAGGAGCUCUCGCAACUCAUUGGCGAGAUCCGGACUUCAAAAGCACUAGUGUCUGCUGCUGCCGCAGGCGUAGCUCAGUCGGAUGGUUCGGCGCUUCCAAGGAAUAUCGAGCUGGGCUUGAAAUACUCUUGGCAAGAACUCGCGAAGUUCCAAGAACAAGUCAAUUUCGCCGAGGACCAGUUGUCUGUCACAGAAGAUCUACCGGAGCGCAAAGUCGAUGCUACAGCGCCCGACGCAGCGGAAGAAGGCGCUUUCAUGACUUUUCAGCCCAUCGACUUCGGAAGCCUCACUCACCUGAGUUUCUACGAAGCCCAAGCCGCAUUGCAGGAAAAGGUCUUCCAGUGUUUGACUGAAGAGUCCUCGAAUGUUACCACAAUCGAUUCAGUCCCAUUUGAUCAGGUGGUCGAACUCUCUCUCGCACCAUUCAUAACGGCAGAGCACCACAAAAGCCUACCCACAAAUCUUGCCCAACUGCAAGACUUCCAACUUCUUGGUAAUGGUCCGUUCGCCACGCGGAUCAGCAUCGCGCUAUUCGACACAAGCCAAGCCAGUGGCGAAGGCCGACGAAGAGACGGCAACUCGACCGGCUUGCGUCUCGCAACGAGAGAUACGUGGCCGCCAACUAGCUCUGAGCUGCGUAUGGUACUAAUGGGCAUCCUACGAGAACAUUUGCCCGAAAUCAAUGGACGUCAACAAUUCGAAGACAUCAUCUCUUUCUCAUUGCGCGACCUUCCGGAAGAGGCGCUGGAGAAGUGUCGCGACAUAAAUUCCAUCUACGCCCUCGACUUCCUUCGAAUGCAAUACAGAUCUCCAACUGCUCUGCUCGCGGCAGUGAUCACACCUCGCGUGCUCGAAAAAUAUGACAGGAUUUUCCAGCACCUUCUGCGCCUCAUGAGAGUGCAGCAUCUGGCUCAGCACUUGUUGCGCGAAGUUAGCAGUAGAGCGCCUACCCAGGUUUCUGCUCCAGAGCAUCGUCUGCGACACCGGAUCCAGCAUGCGAUAUCCACCCUGGCGGACUAUACCCACAACACAGCUCUGCGCCACGGCUGGCUUGCAUUCGAGCAAGUGAUGGCUGCUGUGCAGACUAGGAUUGACGCCGGCGACUACCACGGCACACUACAGACCGGUCGCUCAUUGGCUCACCUCCGUGAUGCUUUGGAAGCGAUGCUCGACGACAUGCUUAGAGCGCUGUUGUUGAAAGAGAGGCAGAGCAAGUCGAGGAGAUGCAUUGAAGAACUGUUUGGGGUAGUGCUCAGGUUCGCGGCAUCAAGACGGCAUGACCACCAAACAACGAGCAACAAUGACGAGGCUGCGGCGCCGCUUAAGCAGUUCUCGGACGGCUUCCGGGACUGCUUGGACAGGAUCAAGGAGGGUCUGGAGAAAGAGGAAGGCUUGCCUCAGCAUUUGCUGUUGAGGCUAACUGCUCCAGCCACACUCGCCCCAAUCGUCCAGCUCCCAACCGCACCAAAUGGCCCGAAGACAUAUUUCUCGCAGGUCAAUCCGACCUCGUGGACGCCGAAGCCGGGCUACACACCGUCUUCGACAGCUAAGGGAUCUGCUUCGGUGCCUACUUCUGUUGUGCACAUCACCGUCACGGACACGGCACAGGUGACUGUUUCGGUGCCAGCUCCAAGCACCACUUCUCGCACGCCCAGCACCUCCAGCACCUCCAGCAGUCCGAGCGAAUCCACAGAGGCAGCCACUACUGUGUCCAGCACUGCGGCAAGCAGUGGAAACACCGGGACCUCAGGCUCAGCGACCGCAUCACCUACGCCCGCGCCAGUCCCAUCACCGGGCGGCCUCAGCACAGGCGCAAAAGCCGGCAUUGGAGCCGGAGUCGGCGCGGGAGUGCUCGCCUCUAUCAUCGUCUUAGCACUCAUCUGCCUUCGCCGUCGCCGUCGUAAUAGAAACCCCAACCUGCAGAAUCCUCCAAUGAGCACAACCGCACCCUCGGCCAUGAAAUACACCUAUUCGCCCGCACCAACCGACCCGCCGCGCUCGGAUGGGGAGGUGCCGCCACGAUACGCGCAGCCGUCGGAACUAGAUGCGGCCAAUGGCAGAGCCGGGACGGAAAGCCAGCAAUACCUCGCCGCCAGUGCGGCCGCUCAUGCAGGUAGGGACAGCAAUAGGUGGUCGAACAAUACUUCCAAUACGGUCUCUUCGGCGAGUUGGGGCAGCAGCCCGAGGAUGGGCAGUCCAUUGCCGACGACAACGGAAAGCGGCUCGGAGGCGCGGAAUGUGGGCGGGAGGCAGUAUCCUGGUGUGCAUGAGCUAGGUUGA